UGGCGGUUUUCUUACGGUGGCAUCUCACGUGAUCUACUUCAGCCAAUGAAAUGCUAGUUCUUAGUCUCUUCGCCUUCAAUUGGAGAAUUCCAUCAUGGCUGCAGCGGUCACGGAGGACCACAUUUUGUACGACGUGUUUAUACGUGCAGAGUGGUCCCUCGGGGGAGAAAUCUUGAACAAGACAGGAUUUGAUAUUGGUCAGCUGAGGGGAUCUCUGCCAAAGAAGUUUUUGACAGUUGCACAAAAUUCCUUUUGGUGGUUGCUGAGGGGAAUUCAGUAUACUAUUAGUGGCAGCAAUCAAAUUCUUGGUCUCCCAGCACAGCUGUAUAAAAUCAUCAACAGUUCACUCAGUUGGCAGUUUGCCUUGUCCAGUGAUGGAAAGCUCCUUGCAGUGCUUCAAGAUAGUUUUAUUGAAAUAAGAUCAUUCAUAGACGACUUUGAAUCAGUGGUUGCAAAAUGUGUUGUUGAUGAUGACAACUCUCCACAAUGGAGGAAGUUGGCUUGGAGUCAGGACUGUUCUAUGUUGGCUUGUUCUUACAGCUCUGGUGACAUAGUAGUGUUUGACCUUGCUGGAGAGCUACUCUUUACAAUUUCUCAGACUGUGGGAACUAUUCCUUCAGAUCUCAGUGACUGCAUAGCUGGAUUGGUUUUUAUUGAGCAUAAACAUAGCUCACAGUGGUCUGCAGAGCUGUUAGUGAUAAAUUAUUGUGGUGAACUUAAGAACUAUUUGGUCAGGUUUGUGUGCUGCAUCACAAUAAAGAGAUUAUCAUUCAUAGACGACUUUGAAUCAGUGGUUGCAAAAUGUGUUGGUAGGUGCACCAUUUUGACUUGA